UUUAAACAAUUAUAUAAAAAGUUUAUCAUGAAACCACGUAAAACUAAUAAACGAUCCUUUAAUACGAAGGAAAUAAAGUAGUUAAAUAGUACAUUACUUGGGUAUUAUUAUUUAAUACCGAAUAUUCAGGCAUUACUAAAUUGAUAACUGAAAAACGACCUUUGUGUUGUUAAGUGCUAAAAUAACUGCGGAGCAAUGGCGAGGGCUUCACUGGAAAGUAGGAUUCUUCACUUACGUAUAUGCUGUUUUGUAAUGUUGAUACUCUGCCUCAUAGGCAUAGUACAGAUGUUUGCAUCGUAUGGCAAAUAUGAUUAUCCGCACACGGCCCGAGUAGAUCUGUCGGACAAGCUAUUCACAGGGGUCACUCCGUUUGUAACUCCUAAAAAGUCCGUGCCAGACUGCACCUAUGACAAAGUACUGGAGAACAAAAAAUCGUAUCACCCUUCGGAAGUUGCUAGAAAACACGAUAAUUUCUCCCCGAAAGGUAUUAUGAAUGGCAGCUAUACCCCUGAAGAAUGCAAUCCGCUGUUCAGUGUUGCUGUACUGGUUACAUACAGGAAGAGGCAAAAUCAAUUGGAUACAUUCGUCCCUUAUAUGCAUGAUUGGUUGAGGAAGCAACAUCUUCAUUAUAAGAUAUAUGUAAUUGAACAGCAGGACGAGAAACCGUGGAAUAAAGGCAUGCUGUACAAUAUUGGAGCAAAAUAUGCCAUAGCUGACAAGUUUCCAUGUCUGAUCUUGCAUGACGUGGAUCUGCUGCCACUGGAUGAAGGGAACCUGUAUGUAUGCAUGAAGGAGCCCCGUCACAUGAGUGCCAGCAUAGACAAGUUCAGAUUUGUGCUGACAUACGACACUUUGGUUGGUGGAGUGCUGGCGAUGCGUUCCGAACAGUAUCUGCUGGUGAACGGAUUCUCUAAUCGCUUCCAAGGCUGGGGUGGAGAGGACGAUGAUUUUGCGGAGAGAAUACACUCCAGGAAAUUGAGUAUCCAGAGAUUUCCCCGAGAAAUGUCAGAAUACACAAUGCUACUCCAUCAUCCAGAGCCGAAGAACAGUGACCGGGCGCGCAUCAUGUACGAGAACAAGCAGCACAUCAGCGAGGACGGACUCAACUCUGUGAUGUACGAGUCCGUGCAGGUGAAGCCGCAGCGGCUGUUCACGUUGAUCCAGGUCAAGUUAUGAUAUGUCAUAUCAGAGUGGUAGCCAAUGGUCGAUGGAUUUUAAAUGGUAACUAACUUGAAGGUAUUCAAACAAUAAGGUUCUUCUACAGUACAGUAUGCUCUAUAACAUAAUGUGAAUUAUUUAAUGAGGGAAAUAAUAAUAUUAAUAGCCCUGGAACUAAUAACCCAGUCGCAAACUAAGUACCGGUUUUGUUAUGAAGCUGAUAUCAAGACUACACAUCGCGCCAUGUAGUCCCAAAUGGAGUUGAAGUUAUGUUAUGGCUAAAUAACUGAUAAUAAUAUAUGUUUUUUGUGAAUACAUACAAAAUAUACAUAGACUAGCUUUUGCCUGCGGCUUCGCUCGCGUUAAUUUAUCCCCUUAGGGGAGGAAUUUAUCAAAAUCCUUUCUUAGGGGAUGCCUACGUCAUAGUAGCUUUAUGCAUGCAAAGUGUCAGCCCCAUGGGUUUAAAAUUGACAAAGAUUCAUACAAUUUUUCUACCCCUAUUUUAUCCCCUUGGGGGUAGAAUUAAUCAAAAUCCUUUCUUAGUGGAUGCCUACGUCUAACAUCAUAACAUCUUCAUGCAUGCCAAAUUUCGAUCCCGAUCGAAAGCCGGAUCCGUCCAGUGGUUUAGGCUGUGUGUUGAUAGAUCACUAUGUCAGUCACCUUUGAGUUAUAUAUAUUUAGAUGUAUACAGAUAUUCUUUCCUGUAGGUAGUCAAUCAAUUAAAUCUUAAAACAUCUUCAGAUCUUGUUUAAUUGGAUUUUCAGUGGUUAUGAGCUACCCUGUAUGACCGCUGUGAGACAAGGCAGAGGUGUGAACGCCAAGGUUUAACACAUUUACAGACUCGGUGGCAUUGUGGUUUAGCUCAUUGCUUUAGUUCCAUUCGUCUCAGGAUCUAUUCCUCGCACGGUACAUACAUUCAUAUUCAUGAAUAUGAUUGUUUGUAUCGGUCUAGGUUGCUUUCUAUUUAUAUUAUGUAUCUAUUUACAAAAAAUGUAUUGAUAUAUUUUUAUCAGUUAUCUAGUAUUCAUAACACAAGCUCUUGGGACUAGAUGUGCUGUGUGAAUUAUCCAGGGUUAUUAAACCUAAUAAACUAUAAUAAUAGUAAAUUUUGUGUACAGUUUGCAAAUAGUGUGAACAAAACCUAGGAAGUAAAACUUUAACUGUAACUUUUGGGUAAAAUUGUUAGUCAAUAUAGUUAGAUACUAUUAAAUCCUAAAACGUCGUUCUAAUUGUAGAAUGCAGAAGAUGGCUAUGAGGCUAAGUUAGUGAACCCCACGUGGUCCAAGUCUAACAUUCGUAAAAGUUUCUAGAAGGAUCACGUGGACUUACUAGUCCUCAUUCCUAAUCAUCUUCUCCCCUUAUAUAUGGGUGAUUCGUUAUCUCCCGUUGGUCCACUUUAUUGGUUUCAAUUGGUCACUUAUUGGGUCUAGCUGGAGCCAACACAUCAAGAGUGGACUGGGCUCAUAUAUCUCGAAAGGUUGACCCACUUUGUUGUUUUAAUUGGUCAGUUAUUGGGUCUAGCUGGAGCCAACACAUCAAUAGUGGACUGGACUUGUAUAUUUCAGAAGGUUAGUCCAUUUUGUUGGUUUCAAUUGGGUCUGGCUGGAGCCAACACACCAAAAGUGGACUGGACUUGUAUAUCUCAGAAGGUUAGUCCAUUUUGUUGGUUUCAAUUGGGUCUGGCUGUAGCCAACUCAUAAAGAGUGGACUAGACUUGUAUAUCUCUGAAGUUUGGUCCUCUUUGUUGGUUUGAAUUGGCCAUUUAUUGGGUCUAGAGGAAGCUAACACAUCAAUAGUGGACUGGGCUUGUAUAUCUCAAAAGUUUGGUCCACUGAUUGGUUACAAUUGGCCAGUUAUUAGGACUAUGUGGAAUCCACACAAGUGGACUUGCAUUUGUCAGAAGGUUGGUGUUGUUUUAAUGGGUUCCUUAUUGGGUCUAGCUGGCGCCAAUACACCAAGAGUGGACUGGGCUUGUCUAAAUUUUAAAAUGGGUGUGGUUUAGUCAACGCAACAAUAUUAGACUGCUUUUAUUGUAUUAUGUAUAACUGUAAUACAUAGAACAUUUAAGUACUGACAUAUUUUCAGCGUUUAGAACUUAAGUACUUAUACUUAUAUUUUAAGUUUCUGGGUAGCAAAAACUUAUUUUUUUAAUUAGAUUCUUUCGAAUUGGGUUCUUAUGAUUAAUAAUAUAUUUAAUGUCAAAUUUCUGGUUCGCGCUUCUUAACUGGACUUUGGUUUAGGUAAAAUUAUUUUCUUUGAUAUAAAUUAAUUUUUAUAUACCACAUACUACAAUGAAGUUUUCAUAUGUAAAAACGUAGAUAUUCAUUUAGGGGAUCUGUUUCACUCGAAUCGUAUAUAUAACGUACUGUAUUUUAUAACGCAGUGGAAGCUUACUGGGCCCAUAACCUACAAUAGGUUUUUUAUUUUAUAAUAGAACAGCAGCAAUUUACAAAUAUAAUUUAUUAAUUAGAAAAAUACAUGUGUCGCAGCAAGUGUGGCACAGAGCAGAAUAUCCAAGAGAGACGGAACAGAGUAGGUUGAUGUUUAGACAACAUAACGUGAAGCAACUAUAUAUGCAAUACCGUCUUUACCAUAAGGGCACACGAAGCCCGUGCCUAGGGCCCCCAUUCUCAGGGGCCCCCCGAAGGACUCAUUUAUUCUCAAAAGAUUUUUGUCGGGCACACAAAAUUUUUCCACAAAUGUUAUCAGAAGGUAUUUACAACGCAUAUACUACGCCAUUAUACCAAUUACUUCGCCUAUUCCUAUGUUCUUACCUAAUGAGUUUUUUUUACUUUCCAAAAGGGCCCUGAAUUCUUAUGUGCCCAAGGGCCCCAGCCUAGUUUAAGACGGCGUUGUAUAUAUGUAUAGUCAUGACCAUGUUUUGUUAGAUGUGUAUCUAUUUGAUAUUAACUAAACAUAAUGAAAUAAAGUAGCUAGUAUAUUUUAUAGUACUUUACUCUCUAUACCCAAUAUUAACCAUUAAUUAGUACAAUUAUUUAUACAUUAACCUUUCGAAUGUCUGUCGUCUAGGCAGCGACCGAAAAUGGAGAAGCGGUAAAGCGCGCGCCAGCUGAUUUUUUCAAAUCCGUUUCGAUCUUAUAAUGAUAAAAAAUUGAAAUAAUACCAAUUCAGUUUAUAUUAAUGGACUAAGCAAUAUUUUUUUUUAUAUAUAUUUUAUUGUUUCUAUUUAUAAACUUUAAUGUUUAAUUUUGGCAAUGUUAUAUUAUUAUUUAAUAAAUUAUUGUUCGUUAGUAGUAUUUCAGGUUGUUGUAAAAGCUUAUUAGUUAGAAACGUAGUAAAUAUGCAAUGGAUUAUGUACUUAAUGUGGUUAUAAUGAAACAGCCUAUAAGGCUAAUGUAUCUAGAUAUAAGAGUGUAACGUCCUGUAUUGCAAAUGCACAAGUUUAAAAUCAGCUGUUAAUUUUUUGCAACAAUUCUUAACACGUUAAAGGCCAUGUAGGUCACCGGUGAGCUCAUAAUGUCUGGAUGUUUGCGCCGCGUAGGUCACCCGUGAGCUCACUUUAGAGCUGUGUUGAGCGCCGGCGCGUGAUGUUUUCAUACAUUUGUAGUAUAUAGUAGUACAGUAUAUUGACCGGAGCGGCGCUCAACAACAGU